CGCAGUCGUUACGUUAUCAGCGUACAUUAGGCACACUUGCACGCGAUGCAGAUGUACGUUUAUCUUCUCUUUAUGCAUCUUGAGAUCACCUUAGCCUUUUGUGAUACAAAAUGCAUUGGUACCAACUGCACGUCCGGGAUGACGGAUACUCACGAUUGCUUUGCUCAUUGCAGUGAAGACACUUGUUCGGUAAAUUGCAUCGGCGAGGACUGUGCAGCUACGUGCAUUGGACUGAUGUGUCAUUCUAAGUGUAACGGCAACCAAUGUGUAGCAAACUGCACGGGAUUGGGAUGCGACGCAAGAUGCACGGGCACCAAUUGUAAGCAAUUCGUGUUACUUUGGUGAUAACGGUACGGGCUUGUUUAAUGAAUAAUGUUACAAUGACGCUGAAAAGGUUAAUAAAAAUGAUGUCAACUCCUACAGAAUGUUCCCCCAACAACAACUUCAAAUACCACUAAAUAUCGAUUAAAUACCACUAAAGCUUUUGCCAUUCCAUUCGAGAAUUAUAAAAUAGUAAAAAAAUUCAAUCUUGAAGUGAAUGAAAAAUUAUAACUUACAAAAUCUCCAGGUCAUCUUGUUUUUUCCUAAAUUUGGGGUGAAAACCCCCAAAUUGGAAUUACCGAGAUCUUGUCGUGUCAAUUUACAAUUGUCAGAUUUUCAACAAUUGACAUGGUCUGACCGUUGACGUAAGCGAAUGAUAAUACAAUUUAAAUAUACAUUGUAUAUAUAACCAUGAUUUUCAUUUUCCAAUAAGACUUUCUGCAUUGUUUGUUAUUGUUUGUUAAAUAUUUCUAGUUCAUGCAUAGAUUUUAUGAAAUGCGUCUAAAUUAUAAUAUUUUAUCUACCAUAAAAAGAUUUCAAUCAACGUACUUGAGUAUUACGGUCUCGGAGUUAUUUGUGUAAAUAAAUUUUCUGAAUACAUUAAUAAUUUCGUAAACUGAAUUAUAUCCUGAUAUACAACGCUACAAUGCAAAGCAGCUUGGAGCAUGAAGACUUGUUAAUAAAACUACGUGCAAAAUUAAACGAAGGUAAAAUUAAGUUAUGGGAACCUCCCUAUGUAUCUACAGAAGGAGAUUUUUCUCAUAACUUUCAGGAGCUUGCAAACAGAAUAGCAUCCGAGCUAUCUCUAGAUAUGACUCUAGUUCUAGAUGGUUUGCUUGAACUACAACAACAUUCUGUUGAUAGAUCAAAAGCUAAUGAAGAAUUCAAAGAAACAGGAUGUGCUACUUUUCGAGUUAAGGCUCCAGGAAGAGGGGAAAAAGGAGUAUUUAAAGUCAUGAAGAAACUGAAUAUUAUGGGUUCAGAACUGAUAGAUACAAUUUCUGAGGUGCUAGGGGUUGAAAACUCGAGAUUGAAAUUGAUAUUUAAUGGUAAGGUCAUUAACCCCACCUGCAGCCUAGAGGAUCAAGGUGUUAAAAAUGGAUUUCAACUUAUGGCAUUAAUCAUGGCAGAAAAUACAGAGGCGCUUAAGAGAGAGGAUGAUAUGUAUCUUCAGAUGAAACGGACUCUGGAGGAUGCCACCCUGCUCUCGGAAUGCUACGAUGACCUUGGUGACGAGUCAUAUUUGAAUUUGGAAGACCAGACCGGAAAAACAGUGGAUCUACCUAAGACAGAACGGAGGUCUUUAUUCAUAGGACUCGCAUUACACGAGAGGGGACGCACUUGUAUAAAGAAGCGGGAAUAUUCAUUUGCUCUUGUGUUACUUUUGGAAGCUGAUAGACAACUGAGUGAAUGCCGGGCCCAAAUCCUAAACACGGUUGACAACUAUGGAGUGCUGCAACUGGACAUAGCGUGGUGCUACCUCGGUCUGCAAAGCCUUCAGGCCGCGAACGACGCGGCCGCGAGACUCACGAGGGCCGAAGUGGCCUUCACCAAUAGCUACGGACCGGAACAGCAGAGGCUUAUCGCUCUCAAGGGCACGGACGCCAACGAGCGAGUGCUCUUCAUGAGGUUGUACCUGCUUCAGGGUAUCGUGGCCUAUCAUCAGAACAAUAGGACCCUGGCCAAGGAGUUACUCGAUAAGGCUGAAAGAGAACUGAAUAAUCUGAGGGUAGACGAGUCGUCCGUGCAAGCCCUCAUGGAGUUAGGCUGGAGCGAGUGCCAAGCCUACGCGGGCCUCAGAGCGGCUCAAGGGGACGUGAACGGCGCGCAUCAUUACCUCGACGCGGCCACGAGGCGAAGGGAAGUGGAGAGACGGGCCAAUAGGGACGAUAGAGAACAACGCGCGCUAGGACUAUGCGAGGACGGCAGCCCCGUGGACAAACAACUCACGGAGAGCCUAAUAGGCAUGGGUUACUCCAGGAAACUGGCCGUUCUGGCUCUCAGGAACGCCAACAACAACGUCACGGAUGCGGUCAGGAUCAUACAGGAGCAACCCGAAUUGUUGGAGGACAGCGACCUCUCCGAGGAAGAGUCAACGGCACCGGUGGAGCUGGAUAACCAACUCCUCUCUGAGUUAUGUUCAAUGGGGUUCGAGAGUGAGACGGCGAAGUACGCUUUGAAGCUGAGUCGAAACGAUCUGGUCCGGGCCUUGGACAUCCUGCACAGCGACGGGCCUUGUGCUGACCAGACUGACAAUAACAACCCGUCCACUAGCACCGAAGCCAACACCAGUCGAAAGAGACAGAAAAAAGAAGAGAAAAGACGGAAGAGAAAAGCCCGGCAACUUGCAGUCCAUCGAUUGAGGCAGACCAUACGCUACGAAGACGACGACUAUCUCAGCUCGCCGCUCUCUGAGGAGGAGAACUUCCUGAUGCGAUAUAAGUCUUUGUUGUAAACAUAUCAACGUAGAAUGGAUGCCUAACAAUAUUGUAAUGUAAAAAGUGUUUGUUUUUUCCGUCUUUAAGGUCGUAACGAAUUGACGUUAUCACAGGAAUAGUUGCAGGAUAGUGAUUUUACUUUUUAUAUUGUUGUAAAUCUUAUACUGGAGAAUCUUACAAAAUAAAUGGUCACACUCAAUUAAACUAGAUGGCGCUUCGUUAUAUUUAUUUUCGGUAGAAGGCGAUGACAUUUCACUUUUUAUUUGAGCCACAAUAUAGCGGGAAUAUGUAAAUGGGAUUUAUUACAACAAUAAAAUUACUUAUGGCUGUUAUUUUUUGUUUGAAAGUAGUUUAUUUUAAAAAUCUAUAAAGAAAUGCUCUAACUGUCGCAGUUCCUAUUGCGAGACGUAUGACGUCACUCGAAUAACCUUAUUUAUAAAAAGUAGCAUAUCUAAUACACUGCCGUCUCUUUCUAUCAAAUUGUAUUUACGCAUUAAUGAAUAGAGCCGAGUGAGAGGGACAUAGUCUCACAGCCAUUUGGAAAUAUUGACUGUAUCUUAAAUAAACGUAACAUUUAGUAUUUUUACUUGUAUGUACGUUGUAUAAUUAUUAUGUAUUUUAUAAGUGUUUUUAAAUAAAAUUAUUUUGUGUACGAAUUCAUUUACCUUUUAUUCAUUAAGUAUACGUGUAUCCAUUAUAGUAUAGGAUCCCGAUAUAAAACGACCUUCACCGAGAUGUUUAUUUGAUGAAACGUAUUUUAUAUUUAAUUUAAUAUUUCAAUAAAUAUAUUGCAUUUGGGUUGUCUAACAAAUUUCAGUCAAUGAUAUGAUUAUAUUAAUAUUUUUUUUAAAAAUCCGUCCGGAACUGGAAAACUUCUUUUCUGAUUUUUCCAAGGCAACCGUAUACCAUAGUGUUCAUAAUUAAAUAAUAUUUAUUUUCAUUUAAUUUUAAUUCAAUAAUUACCUGGUUAUACCUGGCUACCCGAGAGUUGUGACCGGAAAACAAUAGGCAAUCCAACAUUUGCUUAUUCUAUGGGCUUCAGACUUUCGAUUGGUAAAGAAUUUGUCUAAUAAUCAAACCGGUGAAAUGUUUAAAAAAAAAUUAAUUUUUAAUUAAUCAUAUCAUGGACUGAAAUUUGUUAGACAACCCAUA